CCGGCAUUAUACCUGGUUCCUGGUUACCGGCUUUACCAUACUGUGGCCUUACCGCUUUAUUAUCCGUUUGUUUGUAACUUGUAAUUUCUGAUGAGAAGCAAAUAAUAGUGAAAUUGUCAUAAUGUUUCGCACGGUUAUUUCACAAGCACGUCGAGCCGCCCGUUUAAACAAUGUGCGAUAUUUGUCGGACGAAGUGAACGAGACUACAAACAUAGAAAAGUGUGUAAACAAUGUAAUGUUGCUUGGAAGGGUUGGAGCGGAUCCUCAAAAACGUGGAAGCAUGGAACACCCGGUUGUGAUAUUCUCUCUUGCGACACAUACGAAUUAUAAAUAUGAAACAGGUGAAUUUAUGCAAAGAACAGACUGGCACAAGAUAUGUGUUUUUAAGCCUAGUUUAAGAGACACUGUAUAUAAAUAUCUGAAAAAAGGUCAGCGAGCGAUGAUAAAUGGUAGAAUAAGUUACAGUGAAUUCAAAGAUGGGGAUGGAAACCUAUCCUCCAGUACAUCUAUCAUAGCAGACGAUGUAAUAUUUUUAAAAUAAGAAGUUUUCAUGUGUAAACAAUACAUAUAUUUUCUAUCUUUUUUUUUUUCAAUAAAAAUUAAUGCAGAAAUAGACAUUUUAUUUCCUUUUAUUCUGCAAUCUAUGUGGAUAAUUAGAACGACUUGUAUUUGCAUAAAAUAUAUCUUUGUUUAUAUUUGAAACGUCAAAUAUAUUCAUGAACUUAAUAUUGUUCAUGUAAUCCUUGCUGCAAUUCGAUUCAUUAAAAACUGUAAAACUGUUGGUGUCCAAAUGCAUGUUAGAUAUAUUGAUGAUUAGUGUCUGAAAAAAAUUUAUUUUUCGCAAAUUGUAUUUUGGAUGAAUUAAAAGAAUAGUAUACGUACCUUCUUAAUAACUAAA